GGAAAAUUGCGCGAAAAUGGUGCACCCGAGCUCCGUACAGGGGAAGGAAGGUCAACAAGCAUAAACAACCGUUGGACAGCACAACAAAGGUGUUGUGACCUCCGUGGUGAUGUUCGGGGGCUACGCGGACAGGGCGGAGCUAGAGGAUGAGCUGUACGCGGAGGAGUCCGAGGGGUCAGAGGGUGACGACAGUGAACUAGAGUUCAGACUCUACAGCCAACUCCACUACUCCUCUAACCCCGGAGACAGGGAGGGGGUGGAGGAGGAGGUGGGAGACAGGCGCCUCUCCUCCAGCCACAGAGAGAAGGAGGAGGUGGAGGAGGAGGUGGGAGACAGGCACCUCUCCUCCAGCCACAGACAGAAGGAGGAGGUGGAGGAGGAGGUGGGAGACAGGCACCUCUCCUCCAGCCACGGAGAGAAAGAGGAGGAGAAGGAAGAUGGGAGCAAGGCCAAACGACAGCAGCCACCCCUGUCACAUGAUCAUGGUAACAGAGAUCUACGACAACACCUGCUGGGGGAGAAACAACAGAAAACCCACUACUGGGUUUAG